AUGUUAGCAAAGGCAAUAGCUACUGAAGCUGGAACAAAUUUUAUCAAUAUUUCAACCUCCAGCAUUAUGUCCAAGGCGGACAGUUUGCUAGGGAGACGUGAGGGAGCAGAUGAUUCAAAUUAUGAAGCUAAGAUAGUUUUUUUUGUCCGUUGGGACGGUCUCCGCACAAAAGAAAACAACCGUGUACUUGUCCUUGUCCUCACAAAUAGGCUGUGGGAUCUUGACGAUGCUGUUUUAAGGAGCUCCCAAGAAGAUUUGUAUUCUAAUUUAUGGUCUUUCUUCAACAUUAUAUACAAAUUGCUAAUUAAUUUUCCGGAUGCUUCAAACCGUGAAAAUAUAUUUAAGAUGAUAUUAGCUAGUGAGCAUUUGUCGAUAGAUGUUAAUCUAAAAGAACUGGCUAACAAAACCAGUGGUUACUCUGGAAGUGAUCUCUAG